UAACAGAUAACUCCGUCAGGGCUGCUCUAACCACAUGUCUCCGAUAUUUUUGGACAAUAAAAUGCAUCAACUGGUACUUACUGUUGGAUCCCGACUUUGAUAGAUGUUGAUUUCGGUAAAGAAAAGUCUGAUAUAGUGCUUGUUUGACCCGCACCUUGUUGAAGUUUAUCAGCUCCAACAAGCUCUACAUUGAAUCGUUAGGUUUCUGACAAAAGGGCAGAAGGGAUUAUAGUGAGGGGUGAGGCAUGAAAGAAGAGAGUGGGAGAUCAAUGGACAUUAGUAUAAAGGAUUUGUCUAAGCAGCUUGAAGAUUUUGCAAAGGUUAGAGACUGGGAGAAGUACCACAGCCCUAGAAAUUUACUGCUUGCUAUGGUGGGUGAGGUGGGAGAACUGUCAGAAAUAUUCCAGUGGAGAGGGGAAGUGGAGAAAGGAUUGCCAAAUUGGGAGGAAUCAGACAGAGAGCAUCUUGGGGAAGAACUGUCUGAUGUGCUUCUUUACCUCAUCAGGUUGGCUGAUAUCUGUGGCAUUGAUCUUGCCAAUGCUGCCACCAAAAAAAUCAUCAAGAAUUCCAUCAAGUACCCACCACCCCCACCCCCCAACAACCUCUAACUUUCUUGCCAAUGCUUUUCUUUUUCUUAGGUGUCGUAAUUUACGUUAGACUAAUAGUGUUUCUGUCCAAGAGUCGUUGAAGGACGAGUCACCCCCACUCUGCGAUCAAGGGGUCUUUAUUAUCUUAUUUGAACAGUCAAGAUCUUGCAAUUGGAACAAGAGUUUAAGGUGGUCACUUGAACCUGAAUUAGCCCGUGGGCCAUGUCUACAAGAUUUUUCUAGGUUUUUCUAGGUUUUUGUCCAUCAUCACCACUGAGAAUCUUUCAUCUUUAUGUCAUCAUUAUGAAAAUUAAAGUAUGUAUGUCCUAGUGCUUUUCUUGGUGUACUCAAAUAUAUUCAUGAAAUAAAUUCUC